UCCUACACUCUCUAUAGGUUCAAGUAUUUUUAUUAGUGUAGCUGCAGCAAAGAGAGAUAUGUUUUUCUUGCUGUGCAGUUUAAAAAGUUUGCAUGCCGUUUAAUGAGCAAAAGCUUUGCAGAAGACACGGAAAUAGAAAACAUACAGAUGUCCGGUGGUAAAAUUUGACACAGGAUGCUGGUAGUGUCAAUAUGGACGUCUUUUCUCUUAUUGCAGUUUUGUGCAACAGAAACUUCGACUGAUUCCCAUAGAUCACUAGGAGAAUUCACUUCCGGUUUCCUGUCUGGAAUGGCUGCCAUGUUGUUCCUGUUUGUGACAGUCUGUGGUUCCAUGUACUUUGCCAGGAAAUACGAGGAAAACAAAGAGCUCAAAAGACUGAGAAAAAGGCAGGAGGUCCUACAGAUACAAGGAAAUGGCAAUAAUUAAUGAUUUCUUAAUUAACAACUAAUUUGUGAUCAGAUUGAGUUUUAUGAGUUGGAAAGCUAAAUUCGAUGCUAUCAAUCAUUAUUUGUGGUCUUCUUAAAUGCGCUUUGUUGUGACCUUCAAGACAAAAAUAUUUUUUGUAAACUUCCUAGAGUAAAUAAUUUACGUCUUGUUAUUGCAACCUGGGAGAGCGUGCUAUGUUGUGAACCAAUCGCUACUUAUUUAACAAAUUCGAACAUGUGAAAUAAUUAGUGAUUGGUCAAUCAUAUUAUUGUUAAUUCUUUGAUAGCAUAUUUUUUGGUGAUACACAUGUAAUAAAUUUGAUUUACUAUGAGAA